GCUGCGGGCUAACGGGUGAGGGAAGGGACACGGACCGAACCACACCACCACGCUGCCAUCUUUACCUCCCCGUGUUAUUUCCCCUAUUCCUGCUUUUUCUCCAUUUCACCCUGGAAUGACUGGAACCGCCGCUGCUCGUCCGUCGCUGCGAAAGAGGGAUUAGACUCAAGAUCCCGAUCGCCUGAGAAGCUCCUCCAUCACCAAGCCUCAGCACCCAGCGGCUCGUCCACUGCAGGGCUUGGACAUCAACGUGACAGGGGACAUCAUGGAAGCCCCUCUCGUGUGUUUGGAUGAGGAGUUUGAGGAUCUGCGGCCGUGUCGGAUGGACGAACUGGACAAUCCAGACCUGGACAAUCCAGACCUGGACAAUCCAGACCUGGACAAUCCAGAACUGGACUACUCCUCUUACUCCACCACCACCACCGUCCCACUGGCCACCAUCACCAGGGAAGACUUCUCCGAGCUGGAGAACUUCUCUGAGAUGAUGAGCUUCAAGUCGAUGGAGGACCUGGUCAACGAGUUUGACGAGAAGCUCAAUGUCUGCUUCCACAAUUACAACACAAAGACGGAGGUCCUGGCACCCAUACGCAACCAGUCACACAGCCAGGAGGAUGAGGAGCAGCUUCAGGAUGAAGAGUGA